AUGGACGUGGACGUGGACGUGGACGUGGACGUGGACAUGGACGUGGACGUGGACAUGGACGUGGACAUGGACGUGGACAUGGACGUGGACAUGGACAUGGACGUGGACAUGGACGUGGACGUGGACGUGGACGUGGACAUGGACGUGGACGUGGACAUGGUUGUGGACGUGGACGUGGACAUGGACGUGGACGUGGACGUGGAGGACUUGGACGUGGACAUGGACGUGAACGUGGACAUGGACAUGAUAGUGGACGUGGAUGUGGACGUGGACAUGGACGUGGACGUGGACGUGGACAUGGACGUGGACAUGGACGUGAACGUGGACAUGGACGUGGACAUGGACGUGGACGUGGACGUGGGCGUGGACAUGGACGUGGAGGUGGACGUGGACGUGGACGUGGACAUGGACGUGGACAUGGACGUGGACGUGGAUAUGGACGUGGACUUGGACGUGGACGUGGAGGUGGACGUGGACAUGGACGUGGGACGUGGACUGGACGUGGACGUGGACGUGGACGUGGACAUGGACGUGGACAUGGACGUGGACAUGGACGUGGACGUGGACGUGGACAUGGACGUGGACGUGGACGUGGACAUGGACAUGACAUGGACGUGGACAUGGACGUGGACGUGGUCAUGGACGUGGACUUGGACGUGGACGUGGAGGUGGACGUGGACCAUGGACGUGGAAGUGGACGUGGACGUGGACGUAGGACUGGACGUGGACGUGGACGUGGACGUGGACAUUGACGUGGACAUGGACGUGGACAUGGACGUGGAAGUGGACGUGUACGUGGACGUGGACGUGGACAUGGACAUGGACGUGGACGUGGACAUGGACAUGGACGUGGACGUGGACGUGGAGGUGGACGUGGACAUGGACGUGGACGUGGACGUGGACGUGGACGUGGACAUGGACGUGGACAUGGACGUGGACGUGGACAUGGACGUGGACAUGGAAGUGGACGUGGAUGUGGACGUGGACGUGGACAUGAAAGUGGACGUGGACGUGGACGUGGACGUGGACGUGGACGUGGACAUGGACGUGGACAUGGACGUGGACAUGGACGUGGACGUGGACGUGGACAUGAAAGUGGACGUGGACGUGGACGUGGACGUGGACGUGGACAUGGACGUGGACAUGGACGUGGACAUGGACGUGGACGUGGACGUGGACGUGGACAUGGACGUGGACGUGGACGUGGACAUGGACGUGGACGUGGACAUGGACAUGGACGUGGACGUGGACGUGGAGGACUUGGACGUGGACAUGGACGUGGACGAGGACGUGGACGUGGACGUGGAGGUGGACGUGGACAUGGUCGUGGACGUGGACGUUGACGUGGAUGUGGACGUGGACAUGGACGUGGACCUGGACGAGGACGUGGACGUGGACGUGGAUUAUGACAUGGACGUGGACGUGGACAUGGACGUGGACAUGGACGUGGACGUGGACGUGGACAUGGUCGUGGACGUGGACGUGGACGUGGACGUGGACAUGGACGUGGACGUAGACGUGGACGUGGACGUGGACAUGGACGUCGAUGUGGACGUGGACGUGGACGUGGACGUGGAAAUGGACGUGGACGUGGACAUGGACGUGGACGUGGACAUGGACAUGGGACUUGGACGUGGACAUGGACGUGGACCUGGACGUGGACGUGGACGUGGACGUGGACGUGGACAUGGACGUGGACAUGGACGUGGACAUGGACGUGGACAUGGACGUGGACAUGGACGUGGACGUGGACGUGGACAUGGACGUGGCAGGGACGUGGACGUGGACAUGGACGUGGACGUGGACAUGGACGUGGACAUGGAGGUGGACGUGGAUGUGGACGUGGACGUGGACAUGAAAGUGGACGUGGACGUGGACGUGGACGUGGACGUGGACAUGGACGUGGACAUGGACGUGGACAUGGACGUGGAUGUGGACGUGGACGUGGACGUGGACAUGGACGUGGACGUGGACGUGGACGUGGACGUGGACAUGGACGUGGACGUGGACGUGGACAUGGACGUAGACGUGGACAUGGACAUGGACGUGGACGUGGACGUGGAGGACUUGGACGUGGACAUGGACGUGGACGAGGACGUGGACGUGGACGUGGACGUGGACGUGGACAUGGUCGUGGUCGUGGACGUUGACGUGGAUGUGGACGUGGACAUGGACGUGGACCUGGACGUGGACGUGGACGUGGAUGAUGACAUGGACGUGGACGUGGACGUGGACGUGGACGUGGACAUGGACGUGGACGUGGACGUGGACAUGGACGUGGACGUGGACGUGGACAUGGACGUGGAUGUGGACGUGGACGUGGACAUGGACGUGGACAUGGACGUGGACGUGGACGUGGACGUGGACGUGACUGACGUGGACAUGGACGUGGACGUGGACGUGGACGUGGACGUGGACGUGGACAUGGACGUAGACAUGGACGUGGACGUGGACGUGGACGUGGACAUGGACGUGGACGUGGACAUGGACGUGGACAUGGACGUGGACAUGGACGUGGACAUGGACGUGGACGUGGACAUGGACGUGGAUAUGGACGUGGACGUGGACGUGGACAUGGACGUGGACGUGGACAUGGACGUGGAUGUGGACGUGGACGUGGACAUGGACGUAGACGUGGACGUGGACAUGGACGUGGACGUGGAGGACUUGGACGUGGACAUGGACGUGGACGUGGACGUGGACGUGGACAUGGUCGUGGAUGUGGACGUGGACGUGGACGUGGACAGGGACGUGGACAUGGACGUGGACGUGGUCGUGGACGUGGACAUGGUCGUGGAGGUGGAUGUGGACGUGGACGUGGACGUGGUCGUGGACGUUGACGUUGACGUGGACGUGGACGUGGACGUGGUCGUGGACGUGGAGGUCUUGGACGUGGACAUGGACGUGGACAAGGACGUGGUCGUGGACGUGGACGUGGACGUGGACGUGGACAUGGACGUGGACUUGGACGUGGACAUGGACGUGGACGUGGACAUGGACAUGAUAGUGGACGUGGAUGUGGACGUGGACAUGGACGUGGACGUGGACGUGGACAUGGACGUGGACAUGGACGUGAACGUGGACAUGGACGUGGACAUGGACGUGGACGUGGACGUGGGCGUGGACAUGGACGUGGAGGUGGACGUGGACGUGGACGUGGACAUGGACGUGGACAUGGACGUGGACGUGGAUAUGGACGUGGACUUGGACGUGGACGUGGAGGUGGACGUGGACAUGGACGUGGACGUGGACGUGGACGUGGACAUGGACGUGGACAUGGACGUGGACGUGGACAUGGACGUGGACAUAACGUGGACGUGGAUGUGGACGUGGACGUGGACAUGA